AUGGCCCUCAGGCUCGCCGCUCUCGGGGGCUGCGGCCACGUGCGCAGAGCCGGGCCAGCCCCGAGCCCGGCCCGCGCCCCGGUGCCCCCGGAGCGCUCCCCUCCCCCGCCGCGGCGGGCCCGGCGCGCAGGGCGCCCCCUGCCGGCUGCCGCCGCGCAGCGCCCCGCCGGGCGCGCUCCGGUUCGGGGGGGCCGCGGCGUCACGCCCGCGGCCGCUGCCGGGGCACCGGGGGUGCGCCGGCACCCCGGCACCGCGCACGCACUGCCACUUGCUUCGGAGCCCCCGCCCGGGCCGCAGCCGCCCGGGAAGGGGGUGCGUGGCACGGGGGCAUCUGCCCGGUGCGGCCGCGAAGCUCCGAGUUUGGCGUCCCCCGCCUUUGUCUCGCAAACGGGUGUCGAUCCACCAGCCCGCUCUGGAAAUGAGAGGCUGCGGCUGCAGUGUACUGGAUUGAAUAUUUUCCUCUGGAUUUUAAAAAAGAACUUCCCGAAGUAUUUUAUCCACCCUUUUAGAGCCGGCUGGUGCAGGCACCAGCUCACUCCCCGGAUUUCUGGUGGUCCUCAGAGAUUCCUGACUCUUCCAGCAGCACGGAGCCACCUCUGGGCCCAGGUGGGCAUCUGGGGCACCCUCCUAGUGAUAAAUAUAAUUAUUCACAAUAACCAGAGCUGCGUUUACAGGGAACACUUGUCCUUUGGCUUUGCCUGUCAGGAAUGUGCAAAAAUGUCAUUGUACCUCAUCCCAGCUUCCCUGAAUCCCUGAAUCCCAGCAUCCCUGAAUCCCAGCAUCCCUGAAUCCCUGAAUCCCAGCAUCCCAGGAUCCCAGAGUCACUGAAUCCCUGAAUCCCUGAAUCCCUGAAUCCCUGAAUCCCAGCAUCCCUGAAUCCCUGAAUCCCUGAA